GAGAGAGGCGCUACUCACAUAUUUAACGGCAACGUCCAGAGCGAUCAUUUAACUACCUCCAUAAAGAGCUUGUACUGUAAGCAGUAUAAAGUGGGGGGCGCGACCAAACCACGUGAUCAAAUGCGGAAAUUGUGAGACAGAAAAAAGUGUGAGGGAAAAAGAGAAAGGAGUGUGUUUCAUUAUCCGUGUGAUUUGUGACUUGUGAGCGGCUCUCCCGUGUUUCUGCUGUCUCUACACCCACGAACGACUCUCACCUAUCCUGAAGGAAGUAAGGUCUCUGCCGGGAGUCUAUUCUGUUCCUGACUCGACUGGCACACCACAGCUGUGGCCUGAGCUGAACCACAGACAAACCAUGGGUCGUUAAUUUAGAAAGUUAAGUACCCUAGGAAGCUUAAUGUGUGGCUAAAGGGUCGCUCUGAGGUCAGACUGCUGAGAUGACAAGGCUGUGACAGCGUGUUCCCAAGUGUGACCAAUUCCUGUGACAUGGCCGCUGCAAAGAAGAGUUGUGAGAAGGCAGGAGGCGUGCGCUUCUCAGAGGAACCCCCCGCCGCCCCAUCACAUGUUCACUUUGAAGAAAAGCUGCAUGACUCCAUCGUCAUGGUCACUCCAGAGGAUGAUGGCAACUUCAUGGUCAAGGUUGGCUUUCUAAAAACGCAGCAUCGAUAUGAAAUAAUCUUCAAUUUACCUGAGGUUCCAAGUCUUGGGAAGGAUGUGUGUCCAGCGCCUGUACCCAGUCCACACCUCCGCAUAACUGAUAUCACACCAGCACCAGAGGGAGGUCUGAAGGUAACGUGCGAGUACAUGGCCCUGCAGGAGGGCGUUCUGUGCGAGGAGGUGCUGCUGCUGAGCGAGGCCAACGACGACGUGUUUGUCAAAGUCAAAGUUCAAGCCAGGGUCAUGGAUCGUCAUCAUGGUACACCCAUGCUGCUGGAGGGAGUUCGCUGCAUCGGGGUGGAGUUGGAGUACGACUCCGAACAGAGUGACUGGCAAGGAUUUGACUAAUCCGUCCUCAAGUACCUAAACACUCACAGAUACCUGCUGCCAUAGGAAAAUACACACCAUGUCAUCUCCACAGAUGCUCUGAGAACAUUAUGACAUUCCUCUGCAGUGAAAACAUCUGAAGGAACUUUUUUUGUUUUGCUACUUAUUUCUUCAGCUCUACAACGUUUGUUUGGCUCCCGUCACACUGUGCUCUCUGUGUUGUCUUUACUGCGCCACUAGGGGGCAGCAGUGCUCUUUAAAUCAGUACAGCCUCAGCCUCCCCUCACUGUUUUUUGCUCCUGUGCACUGUUCUCCCCAUGCAUGAAGAAGGCAAACUUGAUUCCAUAUGAUUUAAUAGAUAAAGUGACUCUAAAGAAAGGAACAUAUUUGAACAAUUCAUGGAAGUACAGCUGAACUGAGAGGCAGUGCUGAGGCUGUAAUGUCUCAAUGUCAGUGUCGGAACUCUUAUGUUCUGCUGCCCAGUCAAGGCAAAUCUUCUUGGGUUCAUGCUCUUUAUUUCUCUCUUUUAUGUGAUUGCACAUUUUUGGAGUGUUAAUCAGACAAAACCAAGUAUUGGAACACAUUGGUUCUGUUUGGGUUAAUUAAAAGACAAAAGGUUAAUUGUCAUCUAUACUCUCUGGUCACAGCCCUAAAAUCCUAUAAAUAUAUAUUUUAACAAUAAUGUUUCCAUCUUUUGACACAACAAAGUAUUAAUCCAAGAAUUGUUUCAUCAACAGGGGACGUAAUAGCUUUAUGGUGUUUUCCUUGGCGGAUAUUUCCUUUAAGAAAGACCUGCUUCAACCUGUCCAGUGUUUAUUAUUAUCAUUAUUAUUAUUGUUCUUAUUAUAAUAGUCCUGUUCUGUUUAAAUGUGGAAAAGCCUUCAGAGAGACACACACACACGUGACAUAAGUGCCUUUCGUGACACUGUUGGGUUUGUGUUGCCGUCCACUGACAAACACAUCGACCAGUGUGGAUCCAGAGGUGAAGAUGAAGGUUUGAAGUGAGAGUCGGGACUUUUCACAUGGAAGGAAAAUCUUUCAAAUUGAAUAAAUGUGUUGCCAUUACAAUCCAGCUCCUAAUCUGACCUCAGUCACAGAUUUGACUGUCGUCGACGACUGUAACUCGAUUUACUUUAUUUGUGCGUAAAGAGCAAGUGUCUGACAUCCUUCUACCACACCACUCCUACUCCUCCUGUUGCACACGUUAUCAUUUGUUUUUCUUCCUGUCUCCAAUGCAUUUAUAGCCUUAAAUGAAACAACUGUGUGUAAUCUGUCCAUAUGAUGGUAUAGAGUAGAUUUUAUUAGAUGUCUGCUUACGUGAUGAAGGUCAAAAAUGUUGCUUUUUUUCUGUCUCAUUGUGGAACUUUGUAGAUCUUUGCAGUGAUUGUUUGUUGGUAUCUCCUCCCCGUGUGUGUGUGUGUGCGUGCGUGCAUGUGUGUGUGUGAGUACGGUUUGUACUUUUCCUGUGAAGAAAUGAAUAAAAAAAUGCACACGUAUGAGUUA